GUUUACGCAACAUCGGGUAGUCGUUAAGAGUGCGACGAUUCCGACGAUACGAAAAAACGAAGAAUGGAUUUGAAAAAUUACGUGCGAAUCCGGCCAAACUGCAGGCCCGGCCGAAAGAGACGACCGGAGCGUAAGCGUUAUUUCCGGUGAAUCUCCUCUCGGAACCAAUGCGUGACGUAGCGAAGGGCACGAGCCGCCAAUCGCAACGCGGGAUGAGCCCGAACAGCGACCAAUCGUAUUUUGAGCGUCUCUGCCCUUUGCCAUACGGAUGCGCCUGCCAAACUACGCCGAAGGGCAGGCGGACAGGGCCGUGCCGGCCCCGCAACCUCGACGGAUUUUUAAGAACAUACGGAUUUAUUGUUACCAACGGCUCCCAUCCGGUCCUGCGUACCAUUGAUGCGAUCCCGAAAGGGGCGGGCUUGCGAUUGUCGACCCUCGCACGCGCCACAAAAAGAGCAACGCGAUCGGGAAAGACCACACGGGCGUCCGCAAAGGCACUCGCAGGGCUUCAGUGA